GAAGCCAUGAAUGUGUCAGGAGUCAACACGGUGACUGAAUUCAUACUCCUGAGUUUUCCCUGCUCUAGAGAGGUUCAAGUCCUCCUCUUUGUGCUCUUCUCUGUGUCCUACAUCCUGACACUGAUGGGGAAUGGGGCCAUUGUCUUUGCAGUGAAGCUGGAUCACAGACUCCACACUCCCAUGUACACUCUGUUGGCCAACUUCUCGUUCCUGGAGAUGUGUUACAUCAACACCACCGUUCCCAAUAUGUUAAGGAACUUCCUGUCUGAGGCCAAAACCAUCUCUUUCACUGCCUGUUUCCUCCAGUUCUACUUCUUCUUCUCCAUGGGCAUUACUGAGACCUUCUUACUGCCCCUCAUGGCUUUUGAUCGCUACUUGGCCAUCUGCCGACCUCUCCACUAUCCUACCAUCAUGAGCAGCCGUCUCUGCAUCAACUUGGUUGGCCUCUGCUGGGUAACAGCCUUCCUCUGUUAUCCAGUCCCUAUCUAUUUCAUCACACAACUCCCCUUUUGUGGCCCCAAUAUCAUUGACCAUUUUGUCUGUGAUCCUGGUCCUUUACUGGCCCUGUCCUGCAUCCCUGCCCCUGGAAUUGAGCUUUCCUGUUCUAUAUUGAGCUCUCUUAUUAUUUUUAUCACCUUCUUCUUUAUCCUUUGGUCCUACACCCUGGUUCUCAGAGCAGUGUUGCGUGUCCCUUCAGCUGCUGGAAGACGUAAGGCCUUCUCCACCUGUGGUUCCCACCUGGCUGUGGUAUCUCUGUUCUAUGGAACCAUCAUGAUGAUGUACAUCAGCCCAACCUCUGGAAAUCCAGCUGGGAUACAGAAGAUUGUAACCUUGCUGUACUCUUCAGUGACCCCACUUGUAAACCCACUGAUCUACAGUCUCCGGAACAAGGACAUGAAGAUUGCCUUGAGAAAAAUUCAGAUGUUUACAAAAACUGGCCAAAGCAAACAAGAGCUCAUGAGUGAACCAAGAUCAUAA